ACUGUGUCAUUGUCAAAUUAUUUUGAUUUUGUUGUUGUUGUUUGUUGUUGUGUUUGUAAUAAUUUUAGUUUCAACUUUCAUUUUAGAUAAAUUUUCAUAAAGUUUCUAACGCUUUGUUCGGGAUUUCAACUGCUUUAACAAAAUGCGUAACGUAGAAAUAAAGGCAAAAAUAACCGACUACGACAAAAUAUGCAACAUCGCCGAGGAGUUAAGUGGUGGGCCGGCAACUGUAAUUAUACAAGAUGAUACUUUUUACCAUGUGAAUUCCGGUCGUUUGAAGAUGAGAUUCUAUGCAGACUCCUCGGCGACGCUGGUGAGGUACGAUAGAGAGGACACAGCUGAAGCGAAGCAGUCGGAUUACGAUCUUGUGCAGUUUUCCGUUGGUGAAUCUGAGAAGGCUAGGGAACUGGAUAAAGUCUUGAAGAAAUGUUUGGGAGCUAAGGGACGCGUGAUGAAAGAAAGGAAACUGUACAUGGUUGGACAGACUCGCAUUCAUAUAGACGCAGUUCAAGACCUCGGACAUUUCAUGGAGCUGGAAGUAGUUUUACGACCUGAACAGACCGUUGCGGAGGGCCGAGCCAUAGCACAUGAUUUGCAGCAUAAAUUGGGAGUUAAGAAUGAGGACCUCAUACAUUGUGCUUACGUUGACCUGUUAGACCAAAAAGCCAAAAAUAAUUAGGUUUAAGUGAUAUUUUUUUUAAAUAAAAUGUUUAUUUUAUUAAU